AUGGAAGCAGAGAACCAAAGUACAGUCAUAGAAUUUAUUCUUCUUGGACUUACAGACGAUCUCAACCUACAACUUUGGCUGUUCCAGUUCUUCUCACUCGUCUACAUGACCACGCUGGCCGGGAACAUUCUCCUUAUAGUGGCCGUCAGAACAGACCACCGUUUACACAACUCUAUGUAUUUAUUUCUUGCUAGUCUGUCCUUCUUGGACAUUUGCUAUACCUCCAUCAUUGUGCCCAAGAUGCUGCUAAAUAUUGUUUUGUCAACAAAAACUAUUUCAUACACUGGAUGCGUUCUUCAAGUUUACUUCUAUCUUUUCAUGGGUGAGACAGAGUGCAUACUAUUGGCUUUCAUGGCCUAUGACCGAUAUGUGGCUAUCUGCAAUCCUCUGCAUUACAAUGUUAUUAUGAAUACAGUCUCCUGUGUCAGGAUGAUUGCCGUGGCUUGGACGGCUGGUGGUAGCAUAGCUUCCAUGGAUAUAUAUUUUAUGAGCCAGUUAAGAUUUUGUGGACCUAUCACCAUCAACCACUUCUUUUGUGAAGCUCACUCCUUACUGCAGGCAUCUUGUGGAGACAUCUAUGUGAACAACAUUGUAACCUUGGUUGGUGGGUCCAUAUUACUUCUAAUUCCCUUGUGCCUCAUUCUCUUUUCAUACAUACAAAUUGUCUUAGUCGUAAUGAAACUCCCUUCUGGGCGAUACAAAGCCUUCUCCACGUGCAUAUCCCAUCUUAUCGUGGUGACCAUCUUCUAUGGAACAGCCAUAUUCAUGUACAUGAGACCGAGGUAUUCAGAUACCGAUGUGACAGACAAGAUGGUGUCCGUGUUUUAUACAAUUGUCACGCCGAUGUUAAACCCUUUAAUCUACAGCCUGAGAAAUAAAGAUGUUCAGAAGGCUCUCGGACAGUUGGGAAGGUGCUGUCACGUCUGCGGUAAAUACAACAAUUGGAUGACAACUGCGGAGUAA